GGUGUCGUGUUUGGAGCAGCGCCCUUUUCCUUGCUGGCUGGCAGAGUUUUUGCGCUGGUUCUUCAGUGGAGACCUGGUCAGUGGGUGUUGUUCUGGAAAACUGUUACGGUUCUUGUUCGGCUGGUCGCCAGGGCAGGAAUGUCUUGAAGAAUGGUGAGCUGGCAAGUGCUGAUGCUGUGCGGCGUUGUGGCGCUUGUAGCGACGCUGGACACAAGCGCACCACUCAUUCGAGAUGGAUCGGCCUCACACAACGUUUUGAGCCAGGAAGAGCAGCGGCCUGCUAGGAAGGCACCCAACCAAGAGAGAGCAUUCACCCAGGUCGAUGAUGCUGUGCGUGUUGAAGAGGCACCGAUUGCUGGUGCCGCUCAAGGUGAGCAUGUACAUCGGCGAGCAGCGCCAACCCAGAACCAAGACACUGCAUCAACCGUCCCGCCUAACACUGCUAGAAUGCCUGAUGUGCGGUCGUCCUCACUAAACACCGUUCUGCUGAUUACUGUUAUAGUGGCAGUACUUGUCUGCUUUUUACUGGGCAUAUUCGUUGCAUUCCUCUGUAUUCGGAGCAUGCGUGCUUCUGCAAAAGAUGGUAAUAGCUCAUCAUUCCCGUUCAAGCCACCCGGUGAUACUGGCCAAGACAACCAGGUACAGGGAUAUCGCAAUGAGGAGCAAAUUGAACUGUACAACUACCAAAGCCGGAUGGCCCAGAUGCAGAGUAAUUUGAAAAUGAAUCGCGGUAUGACUCCUUACGGGAGUGGUGGAGAGGACCUUUUCUCUGGAAAGGAGGAUUAUGAAGUCAUCGAAAUGUCACGUGACACAAGUCCUGACGUCAUUCUCGGCACGUAUGGCCCGGCUCAGGUAACUUCGGCGCGUAUUGUCAACCCAGUAUUUGACACGGAGCGGCAUGGCAGCCCGUCGUCCCUGACGUCACGUCCGUCGACUUCCUUGCCGCCAUCGGCACCCACCACAUCAUCAAGUCAAACUUCGGGGCGCAAGCACCGCACGCGCCGCGGCACAUCAGUAAAGGAGCAUUCAUCAAGGGGUGGCAAGUCUGCUCUGAAACGCUCCUCGUCCACGCCAGACCCUGGGUCCACGUCGUCGGAGAGAUCAAGCAUGCCGUCGGCCACCACCAGUCAUACCUCAUCGUUAACCACGUCAUCUCAAUCCACACUGCCGUCGUCCAGCUCACAGGGCUCCUCCAGUACACCUUUGACUGCUGGCUCUGCCGAGGCCACCGCUGCUGCUCCGAAUAGUGAAGGCGGCAGCAACAAACGGCGCUUCCAGUAUUCGGAGGGCACACUUGCAGGUACAGUGGAAGCGGCAAUAGCGGAAGCCGCAGACAGUGGUGAUGAUGCCAGCAGCAGCCCUGCUGGUGCGGAACAAUAGAACGUACACGGAGAGCGGAUGUAUGUGCUUUGGUGACUUCACUAGAAGAAAUUUAUCUAUUCGAUCGCCGUAUUCAGAGAAGGAAACAGUCUAUAUAUUUCCCGUUAUCUAGACCCUGCUGUGUACCUACUAGUUACCCAAGCUACCCUCGAGGACUCUACUCCAGAGAAACGUGGCUAUUAGCUAGCCAGCUCAGCAUCUUGUUUCAUGAGUACUGCAAUUUUCGAACAAGUUGAACACGACAUACUAGGAUCGUGUUAUUUGGAAAAUACUUCAAGGACACUAUGUUGCCCGGGCUUGGAUAUCCUUGCUCUACUGGCUUGGAUGUCCUUGCUCUACUGGCUUGGAUGUCCUUGCUCUACUGGCUUGGAUGUCCUUGCUCUACUGGCUUGGAUAUCCUUGCUCUACUGGCUUGGAUGUCCUUGCUCUACUGGCUUGGAUGUCCUUGCUCUAUCUCACGCAAUGACCGCACGUCUUGUAAUCUAACGUUGGCUGCACUUCACCCCAGACACUCGUACCUAGCUGUGAGCUCUUUCUGUCCCAGUGACGUCUGUGACUUGCCUGAAGCGUUUGACUUUGUCAAUGUCACUAGACGCUGUAUGGAACCAUACGCCCACGGGUUGUACAGCGGCGUGGGCUACGUACCGAGAUGUCGCCGCAAGAUGUGACAAUUGCCAUUUCCAAGCUGUGAACGGCAUGGCUGCCACAGCACUUACAGCAAGAACACAUACACACACACCAUCACACACUCACUUUCUUUAUCUGCUCAAAAGAAAGCCCGCGUUUUAUUAGCGUUCUCAAUUAUUGCUAAUUUGUGUUACGCACCUUUAUGUAAUGUUGCAGUUCAA